GCUAGCUUCACCCAAGUGAUUUAUCCUUUCCUCAUGGCCGGUCGCUGAGACCGUGCAUCAUUUAAUUAUACUGCUUAGCUAAUAAUCCAGAGAACACGAAAAAAUUAUCAAAAUGUCUCGCCGAAAGGGAAUGGAAGAAUGUGAUAAACUUACCCGUAUUGCUAUUGUGAAUGCGGAUAAGUGCAAACCUAAAAGAUGUAGGCAAGAAUGCAAAAAGUCUUGUCCUGUUGUUCGAAUGGGAAAAUUGUGUAUAGAAGUUUCACCAAAUAGUAAAAUAGCUUCUAUAUCAGAAGAAUUGUGUAUUGGUUGUGGUAUAUGCGUCAAGAAAUGCCCAUUUGAAGCCAUUGCAAUUAUUAAUUUACCGAGUAACUUGCAAAGUCAAACUACCCAUCGUUAUGGAAAGAAUUCCUUUAAACUCCAUAGAUUACCAAUUCCAAGACCUGGUGAGGUCUUGGGUUUAGUAGGUACCAAUGGUAUUGGUAAAUCUACUGCCUUGAAAAUUUUGGCUGGAAAGCAAAAACCUAAUUUAGGAAGAUACUCUGCUCCGCCGGAUUGGACAGAAAUUCUAAACCAUUUUAGAGGUAGUGAAUUACAAAAUUACUUCACCAAAAUAUUAGAAGAUGAUCUUAAGGCUCUAAUCAAACCUCAGUAUGUUGAUCAAAUUCCUAAAGCUGUUAAAGGAACUGUUGGUGGUCUUUUGGAAAAAAAAAAUGAAAUUAACAACCAAGAUAAUAUUUGUAAAAUGUUGGAUUUAAGUCACAUCAAAGAAAGAGAAAUUGGGGCAUUGUCUGGAGGAGAGUUGCAACGUUUUGCUUGUGCCAUGGUAUGCAUACAAAAUGGAGAUAUUUUCAUGUUUGAUGAACCAUCUUCCUAUUUGGAUGUAAAGCAACGUUUAAAUGCUGCAAAAACUAUAAGAUCUUUAAUUAAUCCUGAUAAGUUCAUUAUUGUUGUGGAGCAUGACUUAAGUGUCUUAGAUUACCUUUCCGAUUUUAUUUGCUGUUUAUAUGGAGUUCCUGGAGCCUAUGGUGUAGUUACUAUGCCCUUCUCUGUCCGUGAAGGAAUAAACAUAUUUUUGGACGGUUUCGUACCCACUGAAAACUUGCGUUUCCGUGACGAAUCGCUGGUGUUCAAGGUAGCUGAAUCGGCUACUGAGGAAGAAGUCAAGAGAAUGAACCAUUAUGAGUACCCAACUAUGGUCAAAACCAUGGGUAAUUUCCAACUUAAGGUAGCCAAAGGUCAAUUCUCCGAUUCGGAGAUUUUGGUUCUCCUUGGAGAAAACGGUACUGGAAAGACCACCUUCAUCAGAAUGUUGGCUGGAAACUUGGCACCAGACACUGGUUCAGAGGAUCUACCUCAACUACACAUCAGUUACAAACCUCAAAAGAUCAGCCCCAAACAUCAAGGUUUAGUAAGACAAUUGCUACACGAGAAAAUUAGGGAUGCAUACAUUCACCCGCAAUUCAUUGCUGAUGUUAUGAAACCACUGAAAAUUGAGGAUAUUAUCGACCAGGAGGUCCAGAACUUGUCUGGAGGUGAAUUGCAGAGAGUCGCUAUGACUCUUUGCCUAGGUAAACCAGCCGAUGUUUAUCUAGUUGAUGAACCUAGUGCCUAUCUUGAUUCAGAACAGCGUUUGGUUGCGGCUAAAGUAAUCAAAAGAUUUAUUAUCCAUGCCAAAAAGACAGGUUUUGUUGUGGAGCACGAUUUCAUUAUGGCGACAUAUUUGGCGGAUCGCGUUAUUGUUUUUGAGGGCCAACCUUCAGUCCAAACAACUGCCAACACUCCUCAAACUUUGCUGGCUGGUAUGAAUCGGUUCUUGGAGUUGCUGGGCAUCACAUUCAGAAGAGAUCCUAACAAUUUCCGACCAAGGAUUAAUAAGCAGGAGUCUGUUAAAGACUGCGACCAGAAACGUUCAGGGCAGUAUUUCUUUUUGGAGGAUUAAUUUUUAAUGCAUUUUUAUUUUAUAACAUAUAAAAUAUUAUAUUAUUAGUUAAUUUGUUUCUAUUAUUUUUUAAAUUAAAAUGUGGAAAUAAAAUGAUAUGGAUGACAUGGA